AUGGCGGUCUGCGCGCCUCCUGUACCGGUGGUGAUCGGACCACACCGCAGCGGUCCUUCGCCAGCCAUCAUCACGCUCGUCGCCGUCUACUUUACAGGUCCCAUCGCUUUCAAGGUGCUUGGCACUGUCGCGCGGUCGUGGCGCGCCGCUGUGCUCGCCGACUCGGUGUGGCGCCAGCUCGUCGCCCGGGACUUUCCGGCCUCGCCGCUGCAGCCGUGGCCUGGCGCCUCGUGGCGGUGUGUGUACAUGGCCGAGUAUCUCCAAGUCGGGUCCCCGUCGCUCGUGCCAGCAUCCGAGGACCGCCCGCUAGUGAAUUCAUCUGCUACGUUCCACGUCAUGUGGGGAAGCAGUCCGUUUCGCCUCGUGCUCGAUGGCCACCGCUACGCUCGGCUAGCGCACAUGAUGGACAUGUGGAAGACACGCCGACUCAAGAAGAACGGGUGGAAGGCCGUCGAGGUCGUCGUGUCCGAGACAGGCGUCGUCAUCCAUACGCCAGACGGCAUUCGCCUCAAAGCGCGGCUGCCACUGCAGUACAUUGGAACCAUCGAGGCGCUCGACUCGGGCGAGAUACAUAUCACCCCCAUUGAGGGCUCGCCGUACCCGCGGCGAAUCACCUUGCGAGCGUCGUCACCUGCACUUGCACGACUCUGGGUGGCCGUCGCGAUCGAAAACACCGCCGUCUUCACGACCAAGCACAACCUCAUCCUGCACUCGACGCCAUCGUCGGACGAAGUGCAGAUUGCGACCCGCUUCCAAGAUAUUCUCAGCUUGCGCAAGUUGCACGCGUUUCGACUGGCCCAAGACGUCUUCAAGGCGCUGCCAGCCAACGCCACUCGGAAGAGCUCCAUCUCCCAAGACGCACUCCACGCGUUCACCGAGAAGCACGCGCUCAGCUUCCUCUCGCAGAAAAGUGCGGCACCCGCAAAGAAGCUCCCGAGCUUCCGCCUUCUAAGGCUAAAAAAGCCGGCGCGGACCGGCAUCCAGCAACACUGCACCUUGUGCCGGAGCCUGCCCUACUUGUUGCGACGUGGCUCCACGACCAAGGGCCACACGUGCGCGCACUUUAUCCGCACCGCGCGCGCCAAGGCCACGAGCGCUGCGUCACCGCAACACUGCCACGCGUACCUCUGUGACGUCCGCGACGUCAUCGCGCACGUGAUGCGCUACGUGUUGGCCUAUCGCAAAAGUGAACUUGGUGUGUUUGAGCUUUCGCAAGAGAGCCUCGAGACGGCCGUGCUCGCCGCCAUUGAGCGCAAGCUAUGCGCUGACUUGGCCAAGCCUAUUAAAGAGUGGGCAAGAGGCUUUACCUCUCCAAUGAACGAAGCCAGUCUCGCGGCCAAGUUGACGAAAUGGAGCAAGUUACCUCCGUCAAGUCCUCAAUUUGGCCUCGGCCCCGAAUUCUGCCUCCCGUGGAUGAGCGUUCUCGACCAGCUCGUGCUCAUGGAGACCGAGAUGCUGCCGUCGGGGAAGCUGCGGCUCCUCCUCGGCGCCGCCAAAGACGUGUACACGACGUUUGCCAAGGCCAGCGUCGGGGCGCGCACGCUGGCGGCCGACGACUUUUUACCAGUUUUCAUCUUUUGUAUUUGCAACGCCAAGCUCAAGAAGCCGCUGACAACGCUCGAGCUCAUGUGGUCGCUUUGCAACCAAGAGUCGCUUCAAGGGGAAGCCGGCUACUACCUCACCAUGUUGGAAGCCUCGCUCGAGUACCUGCGCGCCAGCGACUAGUUGAGGAUAUAAAAUAGCAUCCUGACCUCUCU